CACGAAGCAAUGGCUAUAAAAAAUAUUAUGAUCACGGCGCGAGGACCUUUUUUUGUUUGCGAAAGUGGACUGAAGGACUCUAGCAGGAAGGAGAUAACGCAUCGGAAGAGCACACGAGCUUCAGGACACGAAGACAGCGAGAGGGUGCGGAGGACGAGGCGGAGGGCGCAGAGGCACAAGCAGCAGAGCAGCCGGCGUCGUCGCCGGCAGCUGAAACAUGCUGGGGGUGCGGCAUGCCCCUGCGCCUUUGCCUUAGAGGGCCUCAGAUGGAACCCUCGGCGGCUUCAAUACCGCCGACCCCGCCACCGACCCCGGUUGGGGUUGCGCGCCGUAUUCGACCCUCAAGGCCGGGCUCGGGGCGGACCAGGUCGCGGCCGGUUGCUAUUCCGGGGCGUCAAGACCGACGCACCCGGCCGCCGACCGCAGCAUUACCCUGCGCGGCGCCAGGGUGCAUGCUUUGCAGGAAACCCUACUAGGCAUCUCACUGCCUUGCCUGUCUCUCUCAAAGUCCUCAAGCAACUGCCUUUGCGUUUUGAGAGUCUACAACAAUGGGCUUAUACUAAGUAUUAG